AUGCGGAGGCGAUCGUCGGGAUCGGCCGCAGAGGAAGAAGGCGACGAUUCCCCAGCGGAUGCAGACCUACCCUCCUCCCUCGAGGGCGCCGGGGCCUGCUCGGGUGAGCCCAUCUUGACUCGGGACUCGAAUAAUCGCCAGGCGACCGCAGUCCAGCCAAUUCGCCCGAACGCGUCCUACGAGCUGGACCGGCGGAAAAGCAUCGAGACGCGGAGGAGCAUCGACGCGAGGCCCUCCAUAGCCCGCAGUCGGGCUUCAAACAAUACGACUUGGAAGCUGGCGGAAGCGCGGAAUGGCCAGAUGGAGAAGAAUCGGUCCGCCGAACCUGCCGUGAUCACGGUGGCCUCGAAAGAGGCCAUUGCUGCUGAGAAGAUACCUGAACCACGACUGAAUGCCCGUCGCUCGAGACUGCGAAACCCGUGGGCAUGUUCUGCCCUCACGAUCGUCACCACUCUCGUGGCCUUGCUCUCCCUAGCGGCCAUUAUUCAUUCAUUUACAAGUCGACAAUUGGACACGAAAGGAUGCCGCAUGUCAUAUAUGAGACCCUCUUUUGCGAAGCUCUCGGAUUUCGACACCGAACACACGCGUUUUGCGAGCAAGUAUUCAGUUUACUUGUACAGAGAGGGGAUGGUAGACGAGGAUACAAAGGUUAAAGGAGUUCCUGUGCUUUUCAUCCCUGGGAAUGCCGGUAGCUACAAGCAGGUUCGCCCAAUCGCGGCCGAGGCUGCGACCUACUUCCACGAUAUCGUACGACACGAUCCUGCGGCGAUUAAUGCUGGCGCGCGAAAUCUGGACUUUUUCACGGUUGAUUUUAACGAAGAUAUAACUGCUUUCCAUGGGCAAACGAUGCUGGACCAGGCAGAAUACCUGAACGAGGCAGUUGCGUACAUUUUAUCGCUAUACCACGAUCCUCGCAGGUCCGAACGAGACCCCGAUCUUCCGGAUCCUACCUCUGUCAUUAUCCUCGGGCAUUCAAUGGGAGGUAUAGUUGCGCGGACGAUGCUGAUCAUGCCGAAUUACCAAUCGAAUUCGAUCAACACAAUCAUUACCAUGUCGGCUCCGCAUGCGAGACCUCCAGUCUCCUUCGAUGCAGAGAUUGUCAACACCUACAAGAGAAUCAACGACUAUUGGAGAGAAGCAUAUUCGCAAAAGUGGGCGAAUAACAAUCCCUUGUGGCACGUUACCUUGGUAUCCAUAGCUGGAGGGGGGCUAGACACGGUCGUUCCGUCAGAUUACGCCAGUUUGGAGUCCCUCGUGCCAGAUACCCAUGGCUUCACCGUAUUCACCUCAUCUGUACCGAACGUAUGGACAAGUAUGGAUCAUCAGGCAAUCCUUUGGUGCGAUCAAUUCCGGAAAGUCGUAGUCCGAUCAUUAUACGACGUAAUUGAUGUCAACCGGCCUGCUCAGACGAAACCGCGAGCCGAUAGGAUGAGAAUCUUCAAGAAGUGGUAUUUGACAGGUAUGGAGGCCAUCGCUGAGAAGACUCUGUCGCAGAAAGAACCUACCACGCUCUUAACCUUGGAGGAUAAUUCGAACUCGAUUAUUGCCCAGGGGGAACGAUUGACGCUUCGAAAGUUUGGCCAGUCUCGCAAACCGCACGCACAUCUUCUACCCAUACCUCCGCAGGGUACACCAGGGGGAAAGAGGUUCACGCUCUUGACAGAUCAAAAACUGGAUGCUCCAGGCGGCGCCGGGAAAUUGGAGGUUCUGUUCUGCAGCGUAUUUCCGCUGCACCCAGGGCAGUCAGCAACUUUAUUUUCUAUGAAUAUGGACCUUUCCGGGGACAGCUCUGGGUCCACAAGGCUGGCCUGCAAGAACGCUGCCUCCGAUGUCAUCACGCUCCCUGCAUCAACGAGAUCGAGCAAACGGCCCUUUUACCUCGAUCAAGAAAAGGAGGUGCUACCAUUCUCUUACUUACAGUAUGAUUUGGAAGACAUUAUGGACCACCAGUUUGUUGCUAUUGUUGAUAAAGCGGUGGAUCCAACUCCCGGCUGGGUAGUGGCUGAGUUUAGUGACAACGUACAGUCACAUCGGAUUCGUUCGCUUGGGCUUCGACGACUCUUGGCCUUUGGAAUGAAGAUGAAGCUGCCGUCAAAUAGGCCCAUGGUUGCGGAGGUCAAGAUUCCUGCACUCCACUCCAGUCUAUUAGCCUACACCUUGGAGAUGGAAAAUCAAGUUUGCGGGGAUGAAUCCGAACUCUUUACUCCGCUCCUUCGACAAUACAUAUCAGAGCCCUACGAGUCGAAGUACUUUGUCAAUGUAAGACAUGCCGAUAUCAAUCUGCAUGGCGUUUCGCCCUUCAUGCCACCUCCCCUCAAGCACAAGGAGGCCCCAGAUGGGCUGAGCCUCCAGUUUUGGACAGAUCCUACCUGCAAUUCCAGCAUCAGGGUCUCCUUGAAGGUUGAUAUCCCAGGGAGCUUAGGGAAGCUGUAUAUGCGGUACAGGACCGUCUUUGCUGCUUUCCCACUCCUGGUCGUUGCUCUUGUGUUGAGGAAACAGUUCCGGGUCUACGAUGAGACGGGGGUUUUCAUGCCCUUUGCUGAGAGUCUGGACUUGUGUCUUCGCCAGUCCCUGCCUCUUGUCCUCCUCGCUCUCACGUGUCUGUCAGUGUCGCUUGCACAAGCAAGCUUAGCACCCCCUCGAACCUCAUCUGGCGGCUGGUGGGGCUGGGGUGGCAAUGCGACGGAGCCACAGAUUGAUUUUACGAAGAACGACCUUCUGGUGGGCGCACAAGAUCCAAUCUUCUGGUUCAUGGUUCCUUUAAUAGGGCUCAUCUGUGUUGGAGUUUGUGUUGUGGUCAAUUAUGCAACGCUUUCCCUCACUCACGUUUCCAGUACCUUGUAUGGAUUAUUGAGUGUCAAGCCAGCAUGGCUACGAAACGAUGAUAAGAGAAGAGCAAUAUCUCCGGCCUUCGCACCAUCAACUCCUCGACGCCGAAUCUUGACCACCGCCGUCCUGCUGUUCCUAGUUUCGACCGUCAUCCCUUACCAGUUCGCGUACCUGGUUGCGUGUCUUGUCCAGAUAGCAACCUGUGCCCGAGCUCUUCGCUUUGCUCGAGAAGCUCGCUCGAAUACGAGUUAUAACUUCUACAAUUAUGUUCAUUCGAUCCUAAUCCUUAUGUUGUGGAUACUACCGAUUAAUCUACCCAUCCUCGUGGUCUGGAUUCGUAAUCUAGCGGUCCACUGGCUUACUCCCUUCUCCUCCCACCACAACGUCCUUUCUAUCAUGCCGUUCAUCCUCCUGGUCGAGACGCUUACCAGUGGCAAGAUGGUCCCACGAGUUAUGUCACGCCUCCGCCACCUCACGAGCGUCUUCUUCUUCUGCAUUGCUAUCUAUGCCGCAGUGUACGGAGUGACUUACGCCUACGUGCUUCACUACCUCGUCAAUUUUGUCGCCGCAUGGCUCGUCGCCAUCCACUCCUCCGCCUCGUCAUGGACACUAGCGGGCAUAAGCUCGGUAUUCGAAUCAGACGGGAACGAGGGUCGCAAGCGAGGGAAGACCCCCUGA